UCUUGCCGACCUGCUUUCAUAACCCUUCAAUAGCCUCAGCGUGUUAACGACAGAAGGCUUGACUGUAAGUAUAUCACACUGUGGCUUCAUUCAGCCAUUCACACACAUUAUCCUUUAUCUCUCGCUGAAACUAUUGGGAUGGCUUCAAACGAGGAAGACUCACGAGAGGGCGCUUCAUCCGAUGUUAUAGAUGUCACCAGUAAACAUGAAGUCAGGAUAUCACGGCAAAAUUUACCUCCAAGUCCUCCACUUACAAGGUCAAAUUCUGUGGCGAGUACUCCUGGUGUAACUGUGUUGGACGAAGAUAGGGAUGAGAAGGACAUGGCGAACGAGAACGAGGUUUCAGAAGAAGGUUGGGAUCCUUUGCAACGCGAAGUAGGAGGUCAGCCGAUGGAGGAUGAAACAUUUGUCGCUGCUCGAGGCGGGGAGUUGCUUGAAGCCGGUGACUCCGUUGUGGACGUCAACGGCCGAGUCAUUUUCUCUCCUGGUCGAAAUCUAUCACGCUCAAACCUUCAGCUUGAGUUCGAGCCCAGGCCACUACAACCCUGGGACCUUGUGGAUCCCCCCUUGACUAAUGGAGAGAAGCUUAUCAAUCCAUAUGGUACAGUGAACUCGCACAAGUUUAGCACUUUACAAGAUUCAGCUCGUAGUCGCUCCCUAAUACCCAAGUCAUCAUAUUACUUUGGCCCCCCUCCACCUGGCUCGGCAUAUGGCUCCCGUCCCAUAGGUCAGAUUGGGUUGCACCAUCCUCGGGAAAUCAUUAGAGUCGAAAGAGACUAUACUGGAGGAGAGCUGAUACAAUUUGCACCAAUCUAUCUUUUGGAACUAGAAGGCCGAAUAACGCCGACUCAGUUUCUGGAAUCGAUGAACUCUAUCAACGAGCUUCUUAUAUCGGCGCAUAGUUUUCGCCAUGCAAUGAUAGAUAAUCUUCUCUCCAUAUUCACCCUACAACUCUUCUCUGUUGUUUUUGAUACGCAUUAUGAAAGGGAAAUGAAGCGCCUACAACAGUUAUUCGACAAGUUGAACACGGAUAUAUACAAUCCUUCAGGAUUGAACCUCUUGUGGCCAAGGAAGGUUGCGUUUUUGUUUGUGAGUUUGAAGUCCUUCACACCCAGGUGGGGAACUUAUCAGUGGUGUUUUAGCUCGAGAUUGAAUAUUAUGUGGGUAACGUCCGUCAUCCUUUGAAGUAACUAACUUCAUCUACGUGUAGUGAUUCUAACAGCGUUUAGAAGUGGGACUCUUUGUUAUAUGUAAUAUAUAUACCGUACAGUGUUAUUCAUAAUCGACAUUCCGGAGAUUUGCCCGAGCUUGAGAACUAGUACGCGUAUGCGGAACAGAGCAGUGAGUCAAAAGACGAACGGCGCCGAAGUUGCAUAUA